AUGGAUAAGUUAAGUGGGAACAAUGCGACGGUUCUGAACAGCUCAAUAGACAAGUGGUCUUUUAUUGAACGUGGCUCGUUCCAACACCUGAAAUCUGGUGAACUGAGGGUCCUGGUGCCGGCCAUCCUGGGAGUCAUCUGCGUCCUGGGUUUGGCUUGUAAUCUCACCGCGAUGGUCAUCUUGUUCUCAAAUGCACAUCGGGGCAAACUGUCUCUCAUCAACUCCCUCAUCUUCAACUUGAUGUUUGCUGAUGGGCUGGUCCUCGUAUUUACGAUGCCUUUCAGGGCUGCUUUCUACUCCAAGGCGAGCUGGGACCUGGGCUGGGUGGUUUGCAAGACAGCCGACUGGUUUCUCCAGUCCUGCAUGGCUGCAAAGAGCUUGACCGUGGCGAUCAUGGCCAAAGCUUGCUGCCGCUACGUGUCCAACCCGACCAAGCAGGUGAGCAUCCACCUGGGCUCUAUACUGGUGGUUCUCUUCUUCAUCUGGCUGUCUGCCUGCUCUGUCACCAUCCCUCACUGGCUGUUCGCAACUCUGCAUAGAGGAAUCCGCAGGGUUACGUGUGUGCUGAUGGUUCCUCCUGAAGCCCAGGAUUUCAUGACCGUGUAUGUCAAAGCGUACCCCCUGGGGGUGUACUGUGCACCUCUCAGCUUUGCACUGAUAUAUUUCUGGAAGGCUUACAGCCAGUGCCAGCGCCGCUCCAGUAAAAGUCAGAAUCUGCGUACACAGAUCAGGUCCAGAAAGCUCACCUUAAUGUUAUUCAGCCUGACUGUGGCUAUGGCUAUUCUCUGGCUUCCACAGUGGGUGGUGUGGGUUUGGGAGCGUCAUAUUGCAGAAAAAGAAAUGGAAGGAGCUCAGCCACUCGUCUCCUCGCCCCCCCUUCUUCUAACCCUCUCCGCUCAGCUUCUCACCUUCUCUCUGUCGCUAGUGAACCCUAUCAUUGUCCUCUCCCUCUCCGAGGAAUUCAGAGAGGGCUACAGGGGGCUGUGGAGGCGUCUCACCCUGCGCAAGCAACUUCCGUCCAAACCAAAGCCCGGACCGCACAACCCUACCUCUCUCCAGUCACCUUGCCCUAGACCUGAGACCUCAGUCCAGCUGAGAGGAGAGAGGAGCCUUCAGUCAAGCUACAGCCAGGGUACCAGCAGAGACGCUCCACCCCAGCCCGAACAAGGUGAAGGAGGAGGAGGACGUGGAGGCACAGACGUGGACAGAGUGAGCCUCAAAGAUGGGAUAGUGUUGCCAGAUUUGGAGCAUUUCUGGCACGAGAGGGAGACGGGGAUGCACACAGACGAAAAUGAUCCUGUGCCGUGGGAGCAUCAGGACAAAUAGGGCAAAAAAGAACUACCAUCUUCCAGCUUGAUCAACAUUCACUACGAUCCUGAGCAGCAGCUUCAUCAACAGACCUCAGCUCAGUGCUUUACAGUAAAUCAGUGGUAUUCUGUCAACUGUGUGUAUGAAAUUAU